AUGUAUCGAUUGCAAUUGUCUUGUUUGUUCAAUAUUGAUGUCACCAAUCACUUCAGAAAGCUGCAUGAGUUGCUCGUCGUUGAAGAGCACAAAGUCACAUCAAAGAUCAAAGACAUGGUGCAACAGAGUGAGUCAACGAUCGAUGACAUUAUCAACGAGAUCAAAGGUAUCAAUGCGCUAUUCAAACCAAAGUGUGAUAGCAAGAUCGACAUGGACAACAUGGACAACUUGGUCACAUUGAUCACGACGUGCGAGACUAUCGACCAGUUCAUCAAUCAAUCAUUCACAUCAGAACGUGAUGUCCCAAUCACGAUCACAGACACUGAGUUGUUGACAAUGACACAGCAAUGUAUCGAUCGAAUGAACACAACAGGGUACAAGAGUACUAAGCCACAUCAGUUGGAAGUGGACGAUGCCGCGCUGGGUGAGAUCAAACAACUACUCCGCUCUUGCUUUGAUUUGAUUGAUAUGUCACACCAUGACAUUGACAAUUGA